UGGCCGCUAGGCUUUUUUUUAUAUAUUUUUAAGUGAUCGAAGGAAUAUAGUGUAUACAGUUAUAUUAUAUGUACUAUAAAUAAGUGAUUAACUGAGUUUUAUGUAUUUAAUAGGUUUUUAAAUAUAACAACGGAAAUGUUAUUGGGUACAAUGGCGCAGUCUACAGUACACCAAAUUAAGUUCCUAACUCUAAUACUCUUGAUAGUCAAAACUACCACAGCGAAACCAUCCAAAACUAGUGCCAGACCUGUUUUUGAGGUCGUCAACGAACAACCUGUAGAUAGAAUAGACGAUUUCAAAUCAUUUAACGUUCCCGGAAAUUUGCCGUAUGGUAAUCCUUUAGCAGGAAAUUCACAGCAAAAUGCGAGAUUGCACGCACAAAACCAGCAAGCUAUGUUCAAUGCGGAGCGAGUAAGACAACAUCGAGCGCAGUUACAAAGGUGGGCUAACAUACCGCGGCCAAUGGAUAGUUACAUGAGAGCCUACCACGAAUCACAAGAGAGCCACCAAUUAGAACUAGAAAAACAACAAUCCAAUCUGAGAGACAAAAAACAAGGUAAUACUGAACCUAAACUAAAAAACAGACCGUCCCAAAAUAAACAAGAAACAUUAAGAAGAGGAGUAAAAGUUAUACCAGAAGUUGUUAAAUUAACAAAAGACGCCGCCCUGAAGACUGAAAAAAAUAGAAACCACAGAUCUUACGGUUCAGACAAUUAUCAACAAUACAUGCAACCACAAAGAUAUAAAACUAUUUAUGUCUCUCCAGCACCAACUUAUGAUCAAGGAGUAACUAUAAAACCUAAUGGUAACAAUGAAAUAACGGAUGAGGAAAAUACUAAGUUAUAUACUGAGGCCGUUCCAAGUAAAACUCAAUAUGUUUAUCCUAAACAAUACAGUCAAAUGCAAAACUACGAGUCCGCGCAAGAUAUAGCAACACUGAAUUCUAUACUUAAAAAAAAUCCACACGAUCAACUAUCCGAAUUAAACGCUUUGAUUAGUUCCAGCUACAAUACAAAUGAAACACCCAAAGAACUCGACACUCCGAUUGAUUUAUAUUUUUAUAUGAAAGAUGAUCCUGCACAAAAUUUAAACCAACAUAAUGAACAUUCAAUAUAUGGGCAAGUGCCACCAACUUAUACCAGUGCCUAUACAACUAACUUAAAAGACCAUACACCCAUUACAGAAGAAGUAGAUGAUAUUUCAGAUCCAAAUAAAAAUACAAAAAUACAAGCAUACGGUAUUCAGACUGUUUUAUCUGCACAACCACAAGACGUUGAGACUACAACUGUUAAGAGUAAUAACUAUUAUAAAGUUGAAGUAGCAAGCCAAACUAUUACGUCAGGAUAUAAGCCUAGUGAAGCUAAAGUACAAUAUUAUUUGAGUACAAACGAAGGCGAGAAACCUCAAGCUUCAGCGUAUGUGCAGCCGUUGGAAUUGCACAAUCAAAAUAAAGGUGGCGCGGGUGAUGAGAGUGAAAGGUACCUACAUCAUAAUGCUCAGUAUACUGGCGUCCAACAUCUAUCGGAAGAUGGAACAGGUGUUUCAGCUUAUGGUGUAGAUAAUCUCCAUUACGCGGCGAAAUAUGAGUUCGGAUACCGGGUCAGGGAUCACCACAGCGGCAACGACUUCGGGCACUCGGAAGCGAAGCACGGCGAAGCAACCAACGGGCACUAUCACGUGCUACUGCCAGACGGUAGAAUGCAAAAGGUGAAAUAUUCUGCCGGCCCUGAAGGAUUCCACGCGGACAUAACGUAUGAUCAUUUACAUUAAUGAAAAUUUGUAUAUCUAAGCGGUUGUUAUAUAAAUUAUAUACUCUUAGUACGUUCCGAAGCAAGCUACAAGAAAAGGUUUUUUUCCGAAGUAAAUUACAAGUGAGCGUUUUUAGAAGCAAACGACAAGAACUGAAUAAUAUAAAAUGCAUUUUAUUAUUAUUAUCCAAUUGAUAUAAAUAAUGUAAGUUAUAUCAAAGAGUUGAUAAUUAAAAUAUAAAAAAAAAUCUCAAAUAUUUGUUUUUUAGGUAGAAAAUUAGCGACCUAUUUAUUUUUGUAAGGUUAAUAUUACGAGAAGCCAUAUUGUAAAGGUUUUUUUUUUUUAUUUAUGUCAUUGAUUUAUAAACAUGUAAAUAAUUUAAUAAUAAAUUGUGACAUUACAAUUAGGUAGAAAUAUAAAAAGGAAUGCAAAUAAAACAAAAGGCAAUAACAAUUAUUUAUUAAAUAUUAUUAAAUGAAGCAAUUUUAACACAACAAUAAAAUUUCACAAAGUAACAGCCAAAAUCUUGCCAGUGUUAUUUAAAAAUGUCUCCAUUUCCUAAGUUUUUAUUUCUUGUUUACUCCAAACUUUUUGAUUAUUCACAAUAUAAUUAAUAUUAUUCACAUGUAUUUAGAGUCAAUCCUUUGUACAUUAAAAAAUAAUAAACAAUUGUAAGUUACAGUAACAGUAACAGUAAUUUGUAAAAAUAAAUCUGUAAUAAUAGUUCUUAUAAUAAGUAUAAAACUUAGAUAAUCAAAAUAAGUACUUACAUUAAAAAAAAAAACAAACUACGUUAUAUUAAAAUAAGUUACCUAUUUGCUAUUACGAGAUCAUUGUGUACAGUUGAUAAUAUCAAAAAUUUCUGACUUCGAAAUUCGACGAGACGUGACGACGUACACAGACGUAAUGGUACGGAAGAAAAAUGGUUACAAAAUUUAUACGAACUCAAAACCUGUACCGCACUACUCGUAUACGAAAAGUGAAAACUCGGAAAGUCGCAGUAAUGUGAUGUGACAUUGCGUUCCCAGUCAGCGUCACUCCACGUAAUUUAUUACACAAUCAGACUUUAUUGUUAAUGAUAAGUAUGUGAAAUGUCAUUGUCCGUUAAAGGAAAUAAGAAAUAUUGUGAACACAAUCAAAUAUUGGAACGUCACUUAUAAUUGUUGCAAAUAACGUCUUACCUAUUGAAUAUUUAAAUUAUUUUAAUGAGUAAAUAAAUAAAUAAAAUGACUUGCAGAAUACAGUUUUCAACCUACUCCAAAAACAAAAUGGUUCUCAUUUAGCUUGUAAUUUAUUAUGUUUGUUACCUUAUAAUUGUUACAAUUUAUAAACCGAUUUAAAAAAAUAAUAUUUAUAUGAAAGUAUAUACGUACACAUUAGUCUGUAGUAAAUCUGUUCAGUAGUUUAGUUUUGAAAUAAAAAUAACUUGUUUUGCCACAAUUGUAGUAGUUUUUUUUUUCUGUGGAACAAAAACUUUGUUUUUUUACAAAGCAUAAAAAUUAUUGUUACAAUACAAAAUCUACUUAUAAAGAUACUAAAAAUUAAAUUUAAACAUGUAAAUAAAUAUUUAAAAAAAUAUUUAAAUAUGUUUUAAUUUUUUUAUAUGUCUAUUUAAAUAUAUUUAUUUAUAAUUUGUAAAUUGAAUUUUCCAAUUGUCAUUGUACACUUUUAUGUAUUAGGUGCAAUAAAGUGAUUAAUAAAUAUGUGUAAAACGAGAAAGUUUUAAAAUUAGCUAAGCCUAAAAAAACAAACGAGAUAAUAUAAACAUGAUUAAUGUAGAUGGUAGAUAAACAACGGGUAAACGGAAAAGAUUUAUACGGGGACCUACUUAGUAACGACUUUCUACGAGAUAAUGGACAAUUAGUUACCCAAUUGUAUAACUUACUGUGUACUUGUACAAGUGCGACCUAUGUGUUACAUGUAAAUAUAUAAUUACAACGACAUAGGUAUAUACAUAUUUAUUCAACCAACUUUAAAAAGAAAAAUCUCGAUUAAGUUGUAUUUUUUUUAUGUUUAUUACUUCAUAACUCAGUUAGUUGUAAACCUAUUUGGAAAUCUUUAAAUCUUUUCUUAUCUGAGAGAAUAUACUUACAGGUUGUUCCCAUAGAGAUUUUAUGAAAAUCUUGAAAAAAAAUUCAGUAGUUUAGUUUUUAAAACAAAACUGAUUACAUCACAGUUGCAGUGGGUUUUUUAAAAAAAAAAAACAAUAUUAAUUAUUAAACAUAUACGCUUAGCAUCUCCUAUAGGAUAUGCUAAGCCAAGCCUAUAGGAUAUACUCUCUAAGUACUUUCAUGUUAAUAUUAAUAGCAUAGAUAAAUCUUUAUAUUACGUAUAUAUAUAUAU